CAUUUUAUCAAAACUAAAAAUAAAAAAAUGGCAACCACCGCAACGUUAACCCAAGUUCUCUUACACCGCCAUAUUUUCGGACCACUUUAUUCCUCCACCGCCGUCUCAUUCUCUCUCUACAACCACCCCAAAAAACCCUCUUUCUCUUUCUUACAAUCUCAAAUUCGCCCAUUAUCCUCUUUUAGACCCCUUUUUUGCUCCGUUGAAGAAAAGAAUAAUAACCUUAUCUUAAACAAUAAUGUUGUGGAAAAUGAAGAUAACCCAGAAAGUAAAAUACUGGAAAUUGAGCCAAGAGAGUUGCCUAAUUUGACUGUUAAGGAAAAGAAGGAUAUUUGUUCUUAUGCUAAUAGUCUUGGUGAUAAGUUAAAGUCUCAACAAGUGGGGAAAUCUGGUGUUACUGGUAAUGUAGUUUUUGCUUUGUCUGAAACUCUUGAAAAAAAUGAACUUCUUAAGCUCAAGAUACAUAGAACCUGCCCAGGUGAGUUAGAAGAUGUUAUCAGGCAACUCAAACUUGCUACUGGUUCUGUUGUGGUUGGUCAGAUCGGUCGAACAGUCAUAUUUUAUCGACCAAGUAUUACAAAGUUAAAGGCCGAAAAGAAGAAAGAGCAGAAUCGCAAACUUUUCGCUCAAAGAAGGGAGAAGGCUCAGACUGCUUUCACAAAAAGAGAACAGUUUACAAGACGGCCAGGGCGAGGUCCGUAUGAAAGUAAAAGAUCAGAGAAGGUUACCUCAUAGCUUAAUCUUUUGCUCUUGGAAGUUUAACGAACGGUGUUGCCCUCGGUAUAGUAGACCCAUGUUUUCCCACAUUGUAGCAGCAAUUCUAUAAAAUUUGAAGUAGAAUCUUAAAAUGCUUCGACCUGUGCGGAAUACUGGGUUGAUGAGUAUGAUUUUGACUAGAAUUUUCAAAUGCUUCUCUGAUAUGGUAGUAUUUGAACUGAACCACCAUUUGUUAAGAACUAUUUACAUGAAAUGAAAAUUUUCUUGAAUUGGA